AGCUAAGGAGCUGACACAGCAGGAGAGGGAGGGAGGUGCCAUCAGUCAGGUGUAAAAUGAUGUGCGAUAGGUGUCGAGUGGACGUGGCCGGAUUGAGCGAAAAUUUGCCGACCACGAAAGGUGACGAGGGAGAGGAGAGACUUGUGGUUAAAAAGCAGAUCAAGAUGGAAGUCAACUUGCGGUGGCUGAAAUACGUUGUAGCCUUUUCUAUCGUCUCCAUUGGACUUUUUGUUGCGUCGACGGUCCAUUUUGGACCUGGCCCGUUUGAGAUUCUUAACCCUAAUAACGUCGGAUCCGUAAAUCGCCCAUGGACGGGGACUCGUUCCUCCUCUUCCUCCUCUCUCUCCGGUAUCUCCCUUGCCUCUCGCCUCGUUUUCUCGUCCUCCGACGCGGGAAGCGAUACAGGUGUCGGCGGCGUCGAUGGCCCUCCACUAGCUGAGCUUCCUAGGAUUGCCUACUUCUUGACAGGGAGCAUAGGAGAUGGCAAUCGGAUGAAACGUCUUCUGCUUGCGCUUUAUCAUCCACACAACCAGUACCUGCUCCACAUGGAUCGCGCAUCGCCGGCGUCAGAGAGACUCGAUCUCGCGCGCUAUGUCGCAUUCCAUCCCAUCUUCCUGACGGUGGGGAACGUGCGGUUCAUCGUGAAGUCUAAUCUUGUGACCUACCGCGGUCCGACUAUGAUCGCCACCACUCUGCAUGGGAUGUCCGUUUUUCUCCGGAAGAAAUCGAAAUGGGAUUGGUUCGUCAAUCUCAGCGCAUCCGAUUAUCCUUUAAUUACCCAGGACGACUUUCUGCACGUGUUAUCUUCUGUGCCACGUGGCUUGAACUUCUUGGAGCACUCCGGCGAAAUUGCGGACUGGAAAAUGGAACAACGAGUGCACUCGAUGGUGGUCGAUCCCGCGAUCUACCGUUCGUCAAAGUCCGACUUGAUUUUUGUCAAAGAAACGCGCGCCACUCCCAAUGCUUUUCGCAUAUUUCAAGGCUCAGCCUGGAUGAUGCUGAGCCGUGAUUUCUGUGAACACCUAAUCUAUGGCUGGGACAAUCUUCCUAGACUAGCGCUUAUGUACUUCGCCAAUGUCGUCACUUCGCCCGAGGCCUACUUUCACACGGUCAUUUGCAACUCCAGACAGCAUUUCAACACUACUGUGAAUACCGAUCUGCAUUUCGUCGCCUGGGAUAACCCGCCCAAGCAGCACCCGUUGUCUUUGAAUUCCUCCUUUUACAAAGGGAUGAUCAAUUCCAGCGCUCCGUUUGCCAGGAAGUUUGAGGAGAACGAGACAUUGCUAGACACCAUCGAUGCCGAGCUCUUGAGAGGGAGGAGGAGAGCGCAUGUCGUGGUGGGUGGAUGGUGUGCGGGGAACGAGACGGAAGGCGGAGGACUAGUAGCAACGGCAUCAGCGGAAGUCGGUGCCAGCUCAUCAGCUUCAGGAGGCGAGGCGAGAGCAGGAAACUUCCACGCCGACCCUUGCUCCGUUAUAGGUGACCCAGUAGCCUUGAGACCAGGAGAAGGUGCAAAGAGGUUCGACAAACUGAUACAGAGAGUCCUGGAACCGACUUAUUUCCGCGGACGGCAGUGUGUAUGACAGAGAACACAGAAGACGCAGAGAGAACGCUUUCCCUACCUUUAUACCGUCGUGAGUACUUUGCCGCCUAUCUUCGCAAGGGUUUUGCCCGAUUGCCACGUGUCUUCUUCGUCACGAAUUCUUGCCCGAUUGCCACGUGUCUUCUUCGUCACGAAUUCUUGUGAAAGAUGGAAAACAUGGUGCAUUACAAGUUGCUCGCUCCCUACCUUGCCUCGUCCCUCUCCUUCCUGUGCUCUCUUUCUGUACGCUCGUUAUACCUCCUCCCUCUCCUCUCCUCUCGCUCCCUACCUUCCCUCGCGUCCCUUUCGUUCUUGUGCUCUCUUAAUGUACUCUCGUUGUACUUCCUCCGCCUGCGAAGGUAGUUCACCUUGACGUCUUCGCAGCUGACCCUUAAGUUCUGCCAACUUUGAUCUCCACGCCGCUUUCUUAGUCAAUACAGGCGGGAAAAAAAUGUGUAUGGACGCAGCAGGCGCGAAUGUGGACGCAUGCAACGCCAUUAUGCACAGGCGCGAAUGAGGACGCAUGCAACGCCAUUAUGCACAGAAGCAUACUGGGCGGGCGCUUGCGCGUACGCGGGGGUUGUGAAAGUGAGCUCAUGCUAUAUGCGGGUGGCUUACGUAAAUGAAGGGAGGGGUCUUGAUGUUAACUGGUUUAGGCAUAUUGAUUGCUCGGUGAGAAAAGUCUGUGUGCGACGAUAGUAGGAUACGAUGGUCUUUGAAUAUUCAUAAUUCGAUUUUUCGGGGCGCUUUGGAGGUAGUGCGGUAGAAGGUGAAAGACAUGGGGGGGUUGUGACGAGUCAGAGAAACGAUAGUCCUGCGCCGCCUCUCGGCGAGGUGCCGUAGGUGAACGUUUCAAAGAUGAACAUGAGAGAGAGAGAGAGAGAGACGAGAGUUCUGGGUUCCUGGGGCCUUCUCACGGCGGGGUGGUAACGCUGAUCGUGCUUCUCCUUAGAGUAGGGUAGUUGUGGCAAUUUGUUAUUUGAUUUAUUUGCUUUCAUUCACUUGUCGAGAUCUUGAAGGUCGUAUUCACACUUAGAGCAAUUUGACUGACAGUGGUCGUGUUCGAGGUCACAUACAUGAGAGAGUAUUGCAAUCUACAUCUGAUGAUCCUUGGGUUUCCGUAGUUAAUGGAAACCUUGUCGGUGGGUUAAUUUCACCCCCUCAGGGGACGUAAGUGCUGGCGGGAACGGUGUUCUGGCCCCCCACUUCAGCUCGCCUGUUGUUAUCUGUUAAUUUUGCCCCCGCUUUUCGGGUGCCUCCCUUCUGUGCUUCUCUCUCUCUCUCUCUCUCUCUCUCUCUCUCUCUCUCUCUUGCCUCUGUAUCUUUAAUUCUUACCGCUCCCAGGAGAGUGCAAGGAGUUCCAUGUUGAAAAGAAAUCCCCAAAAGGGAGUAGAACAGAAGAAUAGGCCAAUGAGAAAGUUAGUGGGGAUGGCGCAUGGAGCUUGUUAGUUUGCACGAGAAACUCUCGUCAAAUUUUUAAAUCUUGUAGUUCGCCCUCGUGUUGAUAUUUUUUUCUUGCUCCCGGUUUCUCUGUGCCGUGGAUGGGUGCUGAUUAUGCACAUGAGCCCAGAUAUAACUUCCUAGUAGAGGACUUGCCUGUUAUUUGAAGUCCUCUCGUUGUUCCUUCAUCACUCUUAUCUGUCAAUAAAUGGGUCACUUCAAUGGCGAUCUCCAAGUCUACAUACACAUGCCUUGGUGUCGUGUGGUUAUGCCAUGGAUUUCAUCUGCAUCAUGCGUAUACCUACUAUCCAGUUGACCGAGGUGAUGAACCUUGUGCACAUCCGGUCCUAGGGUCUUCAUCUGAUCUGGCUAUCGAUGACUAGCUAUUCGACGUCGAUGGUUGGACAUGGCUCUUGCAUCGUCUUUGCCAGACCUUUUCGCCCCUUCCUUCUGGAAGGUGUCAUGAGCUGUAACUGAUGUGGGCAUCAACUCCUUUGCGGAUGUAGCCCCUGCAGUGGUUCGAGUUCCUUGUGCCUUCGCGCGAAGUCAAUUCGCGUUCCUUGUGCCUUCGCGCGAAGUCAACUCGCAUUCCUUGUGCCUUUGCACGAAGUCAACUCGCCUUUGUUUGCGGAGAAUGACGCAACCUUCGCCAAGCGGGCUGGAGACUGCUGAGACGGCGGGUGCUCAGUAGCAGGCCUCACUGAAAACAUGCAAGCCUGUCGUCACACCGACAUUCCAGCUGUCCCGUCUCUGCACCAUUGAUCGGCAUCCUAUCAUGUCUCAGCUCUCUGAAUUUCCCCUUCCAUGAAAAACAUAUUAUGUGCCACAUCAUAACCACAUGGCUUACGUCUUCACCUGCGGUUUCUUCUGUCUGUUGCUCUGUCGAUCGACAUCUUUCUUCUAGGGGGCACUCCAGACCAGCCUCCUGGGGAGACCCCUAAUCAACUUGCUUCUGUGGGUCCAUCACCAAAUUAUGUCUGAGACUCCUUGCCUGCUGAAUAACUGCCUGCAAUUGUGGCAUUUGCUCACCGUCCAGUGCGUCCACCCAGUGUGUGGAUGGUGCCCUUCGCUUUUCCGAGACCCGGCUCAGGAACAACUGUUCAGUCACGUGCAAGUAAUCUCCGGUUUGCUUUGAUCCCCGUCUGGACAUAAUUACCAGCCGUCCUGGUGCCGUAUAUAAAGAAGCUACUUCUGUACUUGAAUGCGAAUGCGAGUGGAAGGUAAGUACUGCAGUUUUGGCGAAUUACUGCGGUAUAUAAAUAGCUAGCUACUUUUGUACUUCAGUUUCGAGAAACUUUCCAUGCAAAUUGGAAGAUAGACGAUUCAGUAGUUGUGCUGACGGAGUGAGUGAAGUCUAAUUUCUUUUUCGCUGGGUAUUGCUCUUUUCCAUGCUACGAUGGAUGCUUCCUUCAAGCCAAGCAUGUUGGGAAAGUGAUGCCCGGGGUGGAAAAGCAAGACCCCCAAAUCCUCAGAUUAUCACGACUGUUAUUUUAACAGUUUGAAACAGUAGUUUUAGGUCGAUGGUUGCGUCAGCGAGGGUGAAAGAUGUGGCUACACUGGUUAUAUAACUGGCCUGGCAUGUUUUGGGGGGCCUGAUCCAUCGGUUGGCUAGUUUGGGCUCUGCUGAGCUAGUUCGGGCUCUGCUGAGCUGACGAAACUGCAGUUGUCGACUGUUUGAUUAAUUUUUUAGUGUGUGGUUAAGAAUGCAAUGGUGAGAGGUUUCAGGGGACUCCUGGGAUUUGCGAAAAGCAGGACUCCAUGAUGUUCAUGACAAAGUAGAAUUUUGAUGUAAAAGGGAUUUGCGAAAAGCAGCACCCUAUGAUGUUUAUGACAAAGUAGAAUUUACAAGGAGAUUGUUAUGAUGUUUAUUCUGUCCGGAUUGAAAAAAUGUGGACAAAGUCUUCGAGUCAGUGUUCAGUGCUUUAAGA